GCCUUUCUCCCAUUCGGCCCCCGCCCCGCCGGGUCCCUCCAGCCUUCCCUCGCGCAGCCGCUGCCAAAGCCUGGAGAAGUGGAAUCUCGUCAGCGCCCCUCCCUGCGCGGGACUCGCGGAGCGGCAUUGAGCAUGCUCAGUUGCCGGAGCCCGUUCUGGUCUCAAGUAGGAAGCUAGUGCGCUGUAACCGCAGCUGAUCUGGGCGCUCCGGGGAGGGCGAGACUGGAGGAGAGCCGCUGGGCGCCGGAGCCGAGGGAAGCGCUGCGCGCACCACUGACAAGGAAACUGAAACUUGCCAGGCUGUGCAGCUAGUAGGUGGGACUUGGACCCAGACCAGGUGUGUGUCCAUCGCUGCAUUAUCAUCUCUUCAUAAAACAAAGAAUGUAAUACUGUAUGAACGAAGAUAAGGUUGGAGUUGCUGUGGGUGAGCUGCUGUGGUCUGUAGCCAAGCAUGCUGUGGUCGGAUCUGCCCAGCCGUGGAACAGAAACAUUUGCUGGAUGGAAAAUCCAUAAAAGAAAGCUCCUGUGAAAAGCUGAGGCUGACAAUAAUUUAAGCAAAAUCAGAUCGAUCUCUUUGGGCUGCCUGACCUCCCGGGGUGCUUGCUAUUAAUUAACAGACUUUGUGGGGAAGAAAAGGAGCUCGCCUUCUGAGCUUUGUACCAAAGACCUGGGAAAACUAACCAUCUCAGUCUUUCCUGAGGACUUGGGAACUGCCAAGGCCCCUGCCAGUGUGUUGACUGUCGCUAUGGGCAGACGGUACCCGGAGGCUCACUGUCGUCGAGGCAGCUCAUAUUUCAAAUUAUAACCUAUUUCCUGCACCAUUGCUGACGCCCGGUGAUCCAUGUCAGAAGUACUUACAGCUGACUCAGGUAUCGACACCUUGGCAGUGUUUAUGGCCAGCAGCGGAACUACAGACGUCACAAAUCGGAACAGCCCAGCCACACCACCAAACACCCUUAACCUCCGAUCCUCCCACAAUGAACUGUUGAACGCUGAAAUAAAACACACAGAAACCAAGAACAGCACACCUCCCAAAUGCAGGAAAAAAUAUGCACUAACUAACAUUCAGGCGGCCAUGGGCCUCUCGGAUCCAGCUGCACAGCCCCUGCUGGGAAAUGGCUCUGCCAACAUCAAGCUGGUGAAAAAUGGGGAGAACCAGCUCCGGAAGGCUGCAGAGCAAGGGCAGCAGGACCCCAACAAAAACCUGAGCCCCACUGCAGUCAUCAACAUAACUUCUGAGAAGUUAGAGGGUAAAGAGCCCCAUCCACAGGAUUCCUCGGGCUGUGAGAUUUUACCCUCCCAGCCCAGGAGAACUAAGAGCUUCCUAAAUUACUAUGCAGAUCUGGAAACCUCAGCCAGAGAACUAGAGCAGAACCGAGGCAACUGCCAUGGGACUGUGGAAGAGAAAUCCCAGCCAGGCCAGGACCAGGCCUCCACCAUCAUUGGGAAUGGCGAUUUGCUGCUGCAGAAACCAAGCAAACCCCAGUCCAGCCCUGAAGACGGCCAAGUAGCCACAGUGUCAUCCAGCCCAGAGACCAAGAAGGAUCAUCCGAAAACAGGGGCCAAAACCGACUGUGCACUGCACCGGAUCCAGAACCUGGCACCGAGCGAUGAGGAGUCCAGCUGGACGACGUUGUCCCAAGACAGUGCUUCACCCAGCUCCCCGGAUGAAACAGCAGAUCUAUGGAGUGAUCACUCAUUUCAGACUGAUCCAGAUUUGCCGCCUGGCUGGAAAAGAGUCAGUGACAUUGCCGGGACCUAUUAUUGGCACAUCCCAACAGGAACGACUCAGUGGGAACGGCCCGUCUCCAUCCCAGCAGAUCUCCAGGGUUCUAGGAAAGGGUCACUUAGUUCUGUAACGCCAUCUCCCACCCCAGAGAACGAGAAACAGCCAUGGAGUGAUUUUGCUGUUCUGAAUGGGGGAAAGAUUAAUAGUGACAUUUGGAAGGAUUUACAUGCAGCCACUGUUAACCCGGACCCCAGUUUAAAAGAGUUUGAAGGAGCAACCCUACGCUAUGCAUCUUUGAAACUCAGAAAUGCCCCACACCCUGAUGAUGAUGAUUCUUGUAGUAUCAACAGUGACCCAGAAGCCAAGUGUUUUGCUGUGCGUUCUCUGGGAUGGGUAGAGAUGGCAGAAGAGGACCUCGCCCCCGGUAAAAGUAGUGUUGCGGUCAACAACUGCAUCAGGCAACUUUCCUACUGCAAAAAUGACAUCCGAGACACGGUCGGGAUUUGGGGAGAGGGGAAAGACAUGUACCUGAUCCUGGAGAAUGACAUGCUCAGCCUGGUGGACCCCAUGGACCGCAGCGUGCUGCACUCGCAGCCCAUCGUCAGCAUCCGCGUGUGGGGCGUGGGCCGUGACAAUGGCCGGGAUUUUGCUUAUGUAGCAAGAGAUAAAGAUACAAGAAUUUUGAAAUGUCAUGUAUUUCGAUGUGACACACCAGCAAAAGCCAUCGCCACAAGUCUCCACGAGAUCUGCUCCAAGAUUAUGGCUGAACGGAAGAACGCCAAAGCGCUGGCCUGCAGCUCCUUACAGGAAAGGGCCAAUGUGAACCUCGACGUCCCUUUGCAAGUAGAUUUUCCAACACCAAAGACUGAGCUGGUCCAGAAGUUCCACGUGCAGUACUUGGGCAUGCUACCUGUAGACAAACCAGUCGGAAUGGACAUUUUGAACAGUGCCAUAGAAAAUCUUAUGACCUCAUCCAACAAGGAGGACUGGCUGUCAGUGAACAUGAACGUGGCUGAUGCCACUGUGACUGUCAUCAGUGAAAAGAAUGAAGAGGAAGUCUUAGUGGAGUGUCGUGUGCGAUUCCUGUCCUUCAUGGGUGUUGGGAAGGAUGUCCACACAUUUGCCUUCAUCAUGGACACGGGGAACCAGCGCUUUGAGUGCCACGUUUUCUGGUGUGAGCCUAAUGCUGGUAACGUGUCUGAGGCGGUGCAGGCCGCCUGCAUGUUACGAUAUCAGAAGUGCUUGGUAGCCAGGCCGCCUUCUCAGAAAGUUCGACCACCUCCACCGCCAGCAGACUCAGUGACCAGAAGAGUCACAACCAAUGUAAAACGAGGGGUCUUAUCCCUCAUUGACACUUUGAAACAGAAACGCCCUGUCACCGAAACGCCAUAGCUGCACAUGCGAAAGGACUCGGCUGCUUACCUGAAGAUUGACUAGCUACACUAAAGAAAAUGAACUCCGCCAUCUGACCUUCCAUCCAGUUGCUGAUGCUUUGUCUUCAGAGAAUUUACCCUUAACCAAGCAGUGUUAGACAAGCAUGUUCUCUCGUCUUGCCACCAUCAUGUGAUAUGAAAAGAAGCAUGAAUAAUUUUUUUUUGCUGUAAGUUACAUCAUGCGCAGUGGAAGGUCUUUUUCUUAUUGUAAAUAUUGUGAACAUUACUUAACUUCACACACACAGAGAAGAAUGUGGCCACACCCCUCCUAGUGAACUAACGUCCUUGGAAUGAAUGAUGCGUGAGUUGGUUUCACUGUCUUCUUGGCUGGACCUGUCACAAGCAACCUUUAAGUCCUACAGCACUUUGCCCUGUUUUCAACAUUGGAGUAGGCACUGCAUAGCAGAUACCAUUGAAUUGCUGUAAAAAUAGGAUGGCGAGUUUGUGUUUUAAUUUUUCAUAAAAUUGAACCUGUUGGUUGACAAAAUUGGCUGUUGGCAUCAGUAUAGAAACCAACUGGCAGCUUUCCCUGACAAGCUCUUUGACACAUGGACACCAUUUCAUGUCUACAGCUGUUUGUGGGAUGUUGGAAAAAAGUGAAACUUCAAAAUUGAUGAAAAACUAAAUUUGAGGAAUUAAAAUCGAACAAAACAUAGCCUUUCUUUUUCAGAUGGUUUUCAAACUGAUUAUUUUUAAGAGAUUAAUAAAAUCAUAAUGCAUUUUGAGUGGGACAUAUUUCAAACUUCUGCCUUAUAUUGUACGGUGCAGCUAGAGAAUUAUAGUUCACUAUGGCCAUUCUCUACAUAAACAUUAAGAUGAAAUACUCAUCAGCCUUUCAUCCUUAGUUUGAGAAUUAGCUGAUAUGCAAUUUGAAGUUGAGGAAAUAUCAUUGAUAUUUCUAUCAUGCACGAUUAUUUUAGAUUUCUACCACCAUGUUAUUUUUGCUAGUCCAUGUGCUAGAGGUAAACGUUCUGCUGGAGUUCUGCAUCCAGCUCUAUCCCCCUCUGAUGCUUUUUGCCCAGAAAGCUGUCUGUCCAUCAUGUAUUGUCCAUGGCAACAAAUUACAUUAGGUUGAACCUUUCCUUGAAUUUAUGUAUUUAAUAUUAGAAUUUGUUAGACUCAACUAGAUAUAUUUUUAAAAUUUAUAUUUUUUCCAUUUUACUUUGAAGAUCUGAAAUUUUCAUAUCAUAUCCGAGCAAAGUCUACAUAGGAAUAAUGGACUAUUUAACAAGUUUCCCAAAAAUAGCAUUUUCCUGCUCCUUUUUAUGUAGAUGAGAAACUUAGCUGUAAAGACAUACAAAUUUAGACUCUUGUUGACAUUGUUGUUUUAAAAGGAAGUUGCUAAGGCGAUCAAUCUCAAUAUUAGUCUUGUUUACUUCUUUUUAAUGUCAAAAUUAACAUUUACAACAUCCAAAUAUAAAAGUAAUGCUUUAUGUUUAUACACUGCUAUGUACUUGUCAAAAUGGUUUCCACAUUCUUAUCACAUCUGAGCCUUACCAGGUAGAGAAGGUACUAAAUACACUUUAGAAGUAAAAAUACGAAGUACCAAGAGGCUAAACCCACUGGCCUAAGAUCUCACCAAAGUUCAUGAAAGAACCAGGACUAGGACCCACGGCUGCUGAAGCCCGUUCUUGCUGUGUUAUGCUGCCUCCAUAUCCGUCAGGAAGAGCCUUUCCAGAAUGACUCUGGGCAUAUACUAAGAAGAGCAGGUAUGGAAAGAUCUAUUGUCAGGCAAUCUUAGAAUUCCCUAUACGAGUGGGAGAAAGAUGUCCAAAUUCCUUAUGCAGUGGUAUUAAUGAUGGUGCCAUUGCCCUAAGUCCAGGACUGUUUUCCUACAGAGUGCCUCAAAAGUGUUGUAGAGGGCAGGAUUCUACAUUCACAGCCUGUUCCAUCUACGAGAUUUUCCAGAUGCUACUUGUAGCAGGGACAUUCCUAACUCGUGGUACUUAGCCACCAGAGAUCAUGAUGGAAUGAGUGGGUGGCGUUUCUACCUGCCAUUCCCCCAGAAUUCAUGAGGGGUGGGGGGCAGGGGGACUGGAAUUGUCUUAGCACCCUAAUGUUAUGACACAACUAGGCUACUUUAGAAACGCAAUCUUUUUCACCAAUUUAUAUACUACUGAUCUGAAGUAACCGGUGCCAUCAUAAGAAAUUACUGCAUUAAGAAAAUCCUUGCUGUGCCCUUUGAAAAGCUGUUCAGAAAUCAUUUACAGUGAUCUUUCAUCUUGAUCUCUGUAGUGAAACAUUUUAGUGUGAUAAAUUUCAAAAUUCUAAACAAAUUACCCACUUUUAUAUUGGAAAUCUCUAUCAGAACCCCCUCUUCAUUUUUUAAGGCAUACAUUUGCUUGUUUCCGAGACAAGAAUUCUGAGCUAGCUUUAAGUAGCAAACUGAUUUAUAUAUGCAAUUAUAGGAUGCAUUAAGAUGAAUGAUAGCCUUUACAUAUUGAAAACUUUGCAGACGUUUUGUUUUGAAAAUGGCUUUGUAUAGUAAAUGCAAAUUAAUUUUGUAAAAUUAUGUUAAAUAUGUUCAGACACUUUCUGCCAUGGCCAAAAAGUAUGUAUGAAAGUAUGUGUGUAUUUGUCUGUGAAAGGAUGCCAAUGUUUUACCUGGUAUCUUAGUGACACUUCAGUUAUCUAUGCAUUCUUUAGAUCUGUGAUUCGGUAAACAGGCAGCCAUGUUCACGAUGCCUUGUAUGUCUUACCAUAUUUUUAAUUAACCUGUUAAAUACAGCUUAAAAUAUUUUUAUUUUAUUUAUUCUAUUUUUACUGAAAUAUACUGCAUUAUUGUGUUAAUGUAUUAUCUUUGCUGGAUAUUAUCUCCCAGUGUAUCCAGAUCUAAGUAAUCUCAGUGAACUAUACAUUGCCUAAAAAGUGGUUUUGUAAUGAUUUGUAGUCACAUUUCUAUUGGGAUAUGUAGAAGAAAAGGCAAAAUGCUUAAAGUUCCUUUUAUUUUUUAAAAGCAGCUAGAUAGACACAGACUUGCCACCUCAUACAUCUGCUCCUUGGCAACAUCAAGGGGAACAACUAGCCAACAUGCCUAUGGCUAAAAACUUUCCUUUGCAGACUAAAGCACUGCCUGGUGCUUCGUUUUUCUACCCUUCACAACAUGUGUGAUUUCAUCUAAGAGAUAUAUACAUGUCCACAUGCCGUUUGUUUCCACCUGGAUGUAAGAUCACUCAUAGCUAAUUAGGACCAUUGUUUUUUGUUCAUCUGUCUUGUUGCAUGAAGGGACAUUAGACCCAUUUCCAUUAAAAUAAGUUCUUGGUGAUAAACUGUGGCACUGCUACUUCUUUUUAAAUCCAGUUUAUGAUUUCAAGAUGGACACUUGUAAGAUGACUCGACACAAGGCCAUUGCCUGGAAGCCCCAGAGCUUUCCUCCGUUUGUUUGGCCCGUUCAUGUCCCAGGCAUUGCAACACAAACUCAAGAUCUCACCACAACAUGACAAGCAUUUUCCUAACUGAUAUUAGCACAAUUUAACUAAUAAGCCCCUUCGCUGUCUAGUUGGCCAGGCUUAACCUAAUACACAUCUAACGUGUGCCACACGGCCAGUAGAAAGUUUAACUUCAGCUUCAGGGCAAAGAUACCCACUCAUACCGUGUCAACGCGAGCAGUAGUUCCUGGCCUCCAGAGCAGCUUGCUUCCCCUGAAAGAACGCUUUCUUUUCCUUUAUGCCCUUUUCCUGUUGACCACUUUUACACAUUUAAAUGUAAUUUGUUGUGAGAAUAAAUUUAGCUGCAUAAAA